GACGCUGGCACGUUCCGGUGACGCGGAGAAGUCUGGAUCCGAGGCUUGCACCUGGACGCGAGUUUUGCCGAGUUCUGGGUUCGUCUCCAGGUGUUAGACGGACCCCACAGCUUACCCAGUAAUUACAAAAAAUCAGUCGCAUUUAUUUUUACUUUCGCACACCUUCCUGUGGGAGAAAACAAAACAAAAAAAAACCCUCUCAAAGAUCUUCUUUUGACGCGUCUGUGAGGACGGGAUGUCCGCCGAUACGUAAAGAGGACGGCGCCGGAUGGAUGAGCGGACGGAUGGAUGGAUGCACUGGAAUAUUACUAUGAACUAAAUGCUCGGAGGAGGAAUCUGCUCUUGGAUCUUUCUCUCUGGAGUUCUUGAUUGUUUUCUUCCUGAUCAGUGAAAGCCAUCUCCCGUCCUGAGGAUCUGAUCACCUGCUAUGCGUCUGGUGUGGAGGAUACCUGGCGGAAGGUGUUCAGCGGGAUCCAGCCUGACAGGACACAACUUCAGCAUCUGAUAACCCAAAGCCCCGCUUCCCAUUCGUUUUGCCCCAUUUAAAAAAAACCCCAAAAAAACCAACAAAACAAACCAAUCGUGUGCGUGAUGCGCGUGGAAUGAGGACAGAUGAUGGAUAUAAUUUGGGAGCUAUUGAUCAUUCUUCACGCGAAUGUUAUUGUGUGCAUAUCAGCUCAACCAAACCUACCGAAAAUUCAUGAAGGAUGGUGGGCGUACAAGGAAGUGGUGCAAGGGAGCUUUGUUCCAGUGCCCUCCUUCUGGGGAUUGGUAAACUCGGCCUGGAACCUGUGCUCUGUCGGGAAGAGGCAGUCGCCAGUCAACAUAGAAACCAGCCACAUGAUCUUCGACCCCUUCCUCACCCCCAUAAAGCUGAACACAGGCGGACACAAGGUGGGAGGGACCAUGUACAACACGGGCCGCCACGUCUCUCUGCGACUGGACAAGGAGCAUCUGGUUAACAUCUCCGGGGGCCCGAUGACCUACAGCCAUCGUCUGGAGGAGAUACGACUUCACUUCGGCAGCGAGGACGGCCAGGGCUCUGAACACUUGCUGAACGGACAGGCCUUCUCUGGAGAGGUUCAACUGAUUCACUACAAUCAUGAGCUGUAUACGAAUUACACGGAAGCGGCAAAAAGCCCCAACGGACUGGUCAUAGUGUCCAUAUUCAUGAAGAUCGCUGAGACGUCAAACUCUUUCCUGAAUCGCAUGCUGAACAGAGACACCAUCACAAGAAUAACAUAUAAAAACGAUGCAUAUCUUCUGACUGGCCUCAACAUAGAAGAGAUUUACCCAGAAACAAAUAGUUUUAUCACCUACGAAGGAUCAAUGACUAUCCCUCCAUGCUUUGAAACGGCCACAUGGAUCCUGAUGAACAAGCCAGUGUACCUCACACGCAUGCAGAUGCACUCCUUGCGGCUGCUGAGCCAGAACCAGCCGUCUCAGAUCUUUCUGAGCAUGAGCGACAACGUUCGCCCUGUGCAGCCGCUGAACAACCGUUGCAUCCGCACCAACAUCAACUUCAGCAUGCAGGGCAAGGACUGCCCUAACAACAGGGCUCAGAAGCUUCAGUACCGGGCUUCCAAUCUCCUCUUCACUGAUUCUGGCCAAAUAUGAAGUGGCUGAAUUGUCACUCCUGGAGCGUAAAAUGUGUUUAAGUGAAUGAGUGGUUGCUAAAGUAGGCGCCUCCCCCUCUCUCCACCCCUACGGAUGAGCGAGGACAAGAAACGAAUGUUGGAGACGGAGAGUGGGAACGAGGCAAGCGGGCGGGACGUCGGAAUGUGGAAUCGGUCUAAAAGGCUUCAUCUCAUCUGAGAAUCUUUCAUGACAUUGUACAAAGAAAGAAACGGAUCACUUUUUUUUUUUCUUGAAUGGGAGAACUUGCAAACAAAAAGACUCUUCUUUUCAUACAUUGAGAACUGUUGUAGCCCUCAAUCUAACAUGUCCUUUUAACCUCCCUACACUGUAUGACUACGUCUGUAUGAACAUUUUGAUACAGAUUUUUUUUUUUUUCCCUGUUUUGGGGUGGGUAGGGCAAUCAAAAUAGAAGACACUUAAAGUAAAAAAAAAAAAAAAAAGAAAGAAAACUCAAAUGAUUUGAUAGCCUCCCAGCCAACAGGACAACCUCGGGACAUUAAAGCCUUUGUACAUAAAAAAAAAAGAUGCUGCCAUCAGUGGUACCAUUGAACGACAAACCGACCGGUCAGCGCUAAGCAGUCAACGGGACUCACACGAACAUUUCAUCACGGUCACCCGUACGGGGCAUGUAAUCAGCAGAAAGCAACAAAGACGACACAGCCUUACUUAAGUCUCUUUUUUUUUUUUUUCUCCCAAAACUGAGUCAUGCUACAGGAAACAAGCAAUCCGGCGCCCGGCUGGGAGCGCCCCGGGCCUCGUGUGUACAUAUUACUAGUAUUAUCCAUACCGGAGAAAAACGACAAUGUAAAGAAAAAGUGACGAAUUACAAAAUAAAAUCCCCCCCAAAAAAAGAAAAAAAGAGAUAUACAUAUAUAAAGAAGAUUUGAAGUGAAAAAAAAAAAGAUACAAAUGUUAAGAAUUUUAAACAGCUUGGCACACUUUGAAUUCUCGAGCGGUUCUCGGUGUGAGCUGAUGCCUUUUUUUCUGUUUUCUUGUUUACAAUGGUCAUACACUGUGUUUGAGUAAUGUUAUCGGCCCAAUAAAUGUGUCUAAAAAGUC